GCCCUGUAUUCUGGCAUACUGGUGCGCUCCUCAUUGAAGCCGCCCACGGCCGUGCUCCGCGCCUGCAUCACGAGGUAUGUAUUUAUGUAUAUGUGUCUAUGGAUGGAUGUAUAUGUGCGGUGUAUGUUUAGUAUGAGUACGCGCCUCUGUGUGGCUGAAAAGUAGCUUCACGUAGGUAUGUGUCCGUGUGCUACAUUUUGUAUUCUGUUUCAACUGAAUAGUUUUAUUAUUGAAAGGUUUAUUGUGUCUCGUAGGCCAUAUUUGGCCGGAUAAUAUAUUUCACUGUUUUGUAUAUUUCCUGUCACGAAGUGUAUAUAACAUGUGACACAUUAAUAAACAAUAUUCUCUCUCUCUCUUCUCUGUCACUAUCACUUUCGAUGACAAUCCGGCGUCUUUUGACUGGGACCGGGCUUGGAGGUCUAACGAGAUUAACUGUUAUGUUUCCACCAGUAAUGUUGCCAGCAAACAUAGUGUUGACACCACCAGAAACAUUUAUUAUUUGAGACCGCAGACUGUUGUCUACUGUCGAUUUGGACAUAACGCGAGGGGCCGCUCUGGAUGACGGGAGUUUCAUCAACAAGCUGGGAUGUCACAGUGUGGGAUGGAGUGUUUCGUGAAAUGAUGUUGGAUAAUUGCUUGUGCUGGUCAGGAUUAAUAUGGCAGUAAUUGUUCACGGAAUGGAUCUUUUGUGGCCUGUUAUCUGCAUUAUUUGAUUUGGCGGAACGUUCUUGUCAUUCAACUUUUGCACAAGGAGUUUGCGCGCAGAAUGAUUUGUGAGUCGUUUCGAUGUUUGGAGACUGGCGGCAUCGCACAUGUUUUUCAUGAGAGAGAGGAAAGUUUGUUUUUCCCAAUACGAUAGCGGAUAAAACCACUGAUCGCCAGGUUUAGGCAUACCUAAAGUGUGUGUGCCGAUGUAAAAGGGAUCGUCAUCUCGACAGAAGUCAAGUGGACGCGUGGAGGCAUACAACUUAUACACCUGCACAGGGCACCGGGAGGGAUCAGCAACAUUAGCCCACAUUUUGGGCCUAACGUCGCGCCAAUCACGAGGAUUAUAUUCUCACCGGACCUAUUCUUUUCUUGUCUCAUGGAAAGUUCAAGAUAUUCGUGAUCGUCUCCAUCAACAUGCAAUUUGAUGUCCCCCCAACACAUGUUGUAGUGAUCAUUGACACCUCUUAACCCGAAAUGGAUUGUGUUGUAGAGCCAUAGACAGUAUAUUAUGCUCAUUGGAUUACUGAUUCCAAUGGAUCCGGACUGCCACAGGGACUCGAUCUCUUCAUCUCCAAUCGGGUCGGCUCUCCUUGAUACUGUUCAUGAUGUGUAAGAAUGGCCGUCUGUGUAAGUUCACGUUUGUGUCAGGGCCGGGCAUCGUCCACACCACCCAGAUAGAAACCUACACCUUAAGUUACAAAGUAUAUGAGGUCCACUACCACCAAACAAUAAACACUGUGUACUGGACAAGAUCCCUCUAUGCAAAAUCUAUCUCAUCGACAAAAGCGAACAGUGAGAAGGGAAAAAAAUUCUAUCAUUGGAAAUUGCCAUUCCGAGCGAUUACAUUUGAUAUCGACAACAGCAUCAACCGUCUGUUUAUAUUAUCUGACAAAGCCCUUCACAGAUGUAAUGCUUCAAAAUGUGAAUCAGAAGAAUUAGUUCGAGGGGAAUUUACCAGAAGUAGCCAUCUAUACCUCGACAAAUUCAACAGGCGUGUGUACUACACCUGUUCAUGUACGAGGAGAUCGUCUCAGGACAUGAUGUAUGUCAGCUACGAUGGGAAGUUCUCGACGAGAAUAGCCCAAUUUUCGACAAGAGUGAAUACAUUUGUUGUUGAUGACAAAGGAGGUAUGAGAUGGAUGAUCUGGUGUUUGCCGGGAGCCUGAUAGAAGAGAUCAACCAGGUGGACAUGAGGGCUAAGUGUUUCUCUCAGUGUCAGUGGCGGGUGCGGUGUAACCUGGUCUUGUACAACCCGCUCACCAGGACGUGCAGGGUACACUCUGAAUGCUUUAACUCGAGCCGUGACGGCACCGUUGAAACUGGAUGGCAGUACUAUGGAAUUUCCUGUGCCAACUAUAAACUUGAAAAUGCACGAGUAGAUGUUGACAUCAUCAACGAUGACCAUGAGGAUGUCUGCAACACCAACAUCAUUGCCUCUGACGACAACACAUCCUCCUGUUAUACCGGUGCAUCGUGGGAAGUGGUGCCAGUCAAGUGUGUGUCGUGUUACAUAGCCAAGGCAAGACCGUACAUGAUUCAUCGACGACAUAUACAGAUGAGUUGACCUUUGACCUUGCUGUGGGGAUGAAGCUGAGACUUGAAGUAUCUGGAAACAUGACUUGGAGAAACUACGUCUGGUUUGAAGACCCUAACAUGGACUUUUACUACGAUUUGUAUGUGAAGUGGAGCAGUAACCCAGUUGUAGCCACGUGCUAUACACGACAAGGAGGAGUUCAUGUCUCUGAGCGUAAAGAGCUUGGUGUUUCAGUCAACGUCAGCAACUACGUCAUUGAAAUCCACAUCACUCAGGCUGCAUUCAUAACAUAUGGCGAUGGGACUCCAGUUGAUACAGACUCCAGUUGAUGACCAACCAGUUGAGUCCCCCUUUCACUGGAGAAGGUGUUCGACUUGUCGGGCUUUGGGGUUUCACCGCACUGCACAGUUUCCACAUUGGUUAUGAGGUGUGCUGAUUUCAAGGGAUGACUCUCACAUUUACUGUCCACAUGAAGAGAUAGGCCACAUUGAUUAUGAGCUAUUCUGACUUCAACUGCUGACUCUCACAUUUACUGUCACAUGAGGAGAUAGGCCACAAAGGCUAUGUAUUGUGCUGAUUUCAGAUGAUGACUCGCACAUUUACUCUCCACAUGGAGAUAUAUACCAUAUUAGUAAUGAGCUGUGCUGAUUUCGCUUCUCACAUUUGCUUUGCAUGCAUCAAAAGAUAUGUUUUGACAUCAGUUCAGUGUAAUAUUAUUCCUUAUAAAGGGCCGACUGUUUGAUAUUUUACUGGGGACUUGGAUUUUGUAUUGAGACCAGAUACGUUUUCAGCAACAUCAGCACAACCAGAUAAUUCUCUUUAUUACAACAAUGCACCAAAAUAUAUAAAUAAAUUAUAUUGGAACAAAGUUUGUUGCUGAUAAAAUCAUUAUUAUUAUUAUUUUUAUGUUGAACAAUAAUCCAACAGUUCCAGCCUUUGGUGUCUACAUUUCACAACUUUUGAGGUACAAUCGAGCAUGCUCUUUCUACUAAGAUUUCAAAGAGCGUCAUACGACUGCUGCUGUUUGACAAAGGUUAUAUUCGACAUCUCAAAAAGGCUUUGAAAAUCUUGAAGGUCGACAUGGGGAGGAUAUUUCUAAAUUUGACACUUCCGUGACAAAAUGAUCUCACAUGCAAUUUCCUAUUUGUACUAUUUUUAGUCAUAUGUUCCCUUAUAUGUUCCCUUAGGAGAACAAUUGACUUGACUGUGCAUGUGUUUUGGCGGGUUGCAACGAUGGGGUAAGGUACGCUUAGUUGGUAUCUUCCCUAUUUGAUAGUGUUUCAUGAACACAUGUUCAUGCUUCAGUCGGAAUCACAAAAUAGACUCUUAUUCUAAUCGAUUUCUCGUGCUUAUGGAAAGGGUUUUCGCGCUUUUAUUGAACCAGCAAUCUAAAUCAAUAUUUUCAUAUCACCAAUCAAUGUUGUUACCCCACCAGUUGUUGAAUGACUCGUCCCAAUCAAUGUCGGUCUAUUCGUCAGUUGCAAUCAAUGUUGUUGUAUCCAUAGUCCAAUCAAUGUUGGUGUAUUCGUUCGUCCAAAUCAAUGUUGUUGUAUCAAUGGCCCCAGUCAAUGGGGUUGCGUCAAUAGUCCCAAUCAAUGUUGUUUUUAUCAAUAGUCCCAAUGAACGGUGUUGUAUCGAUAGUCCCAAUGAACGGUGUAGUAUCGAUAGUCCCAAUGAACGGUGUUGUAUCGAUAGUCCCAAUCCACUGUGUUGUAUCAAUAGUCCCAAUACACCUUGUGUUGUAUCAAUAGUCCAAAUGAACGGUGUUGUAUCGAUAGUCCCAAAGAACAUUGUUGUAUCAAUAGUCCCAAUGAAUGGUGUUGUAUCAAUAGUCCCAAUGAAUGGUGUUGUAUCGAUAGUCCCAAUGAAUGGUGUUGUAUCAAUAGUCCCAAUGAAUGGUGUUGUAUCAAUAGUCCCAAUGAAUGGUGUUGUAUCAAUAGUCCAAAAGAACGUUGUUGUAUCAAUAGUCCCAAUGAACGGUGUUGUAUCAAUAGUCCCAAUCCACUGUGUUGUAUCAAUAGUCUCAAUGAACGGUGUUGUAUCGAUAGUCCCAAUGGAUGGUGUUGUAUCCAUAGUCCCAAUGAAUGGUGUUGUAUCAAUAGUCCCAAUCCACUGUGUUGUAUCAAUAGUCCCAAUGAAUGGUGUUGUAUCAAUAGUUCCAAUGAAUGGUUUUGUAUCAAUAGUCCCAAUGAACGGUGUUCUAUCAAUAGUCCCAAUGAAUGGUAUUGUAUCAAUAGUCCCAAUCCACUGUGUUGUAUCGAUAGUCCCAAUCCACUGUGUUGUAUCAAUAGUCCCAAUGAAUGGUGUUGUAUCAAUAGUCCCAAUCCACUGUGUUGUAUCAAUAGUCUCAAUGAACGGUGUUGUAUCGAUAGUCCCAAUGAAUGGUGUUGUAUCCAUAGUCCCAAUGAAUGGUGUUGUAUCAAUAGUCCCAAUCCACUGUGUUGUAUCAAUAGUCCCAAUGAAUGGUGUUGUAUCAAUAGUCCCAAUGAAUGGUUUUGUAUCAAUAGUCCCAAUGAACGGUGUUGUAUCAAUAGUCCCAAUGAAUGGUGUUGUAUCAAUAGUCCCAAUCCACUGUGUUGUAUCGAUAGUCCCAAUCCACUGUGUUGUAUCAAUAGUCCCAAUGAAUGGUGUUGUAUCGAAAGGCCCAAUGAAUGGUGUUGUAUCAAUAGUCCCAAUCCACUGUGUUGUAUCAAUAGUCUCAAUGAACGGUGUUGUAUCGAUAGUCCCAAUGGAUGGUGUUGUAUCCAUAGUCCCAAUGAAUGGUGUUGUAUCAAUAGUCCCAAUCCACUGUGUUGUAUCAAUAGUCCCAAUGAAUGGUGUUGUAUCAAUAGUCCCACUGAAUGGUUUUGUAUCAAUAGUCCCAAUGAACGGUGUUCUAUCAAUAGUCCCCAUGAAUGGUGUUGUAUCAAUAGUCCCAAUCCACUGUGUUGUAUCGAUAGUCCCAAUCCACUGUGUUGUAUCAAUAGUCCCAAUGAAUGGUGUUGUAUCAAUAGUCCCAAUCAACUGUGUUGUAUCAAUAGUCUCAAUGAACGGUGUUGUAUCGAUAGUCCCAAUGAAUGGUGUUGUAUCCAUAGUCCCAAUGAAUGGUGUUGUAUCAAUAGUCCCAAUCCACUGUGUUGUAUCAAUAGUCCCAAUGAAUGGUGUUGUAUCAAUAGUCCCAAUGAAUGGUUUUGUAUCAAUAGUCCCAAUGAACGGUGUUGUAUCAAUAGUCCCAAUGAAUGGUGUUGUAUCAAUAGUCCCAAUCCACUGUGUUGUAUCGAUAGUCCCAAUCCACUGUGUUGUAUCAAUAGUCCCAAUGACUGGUGUUGUAUCGAAAGGCCCAAUGAAUGGUGUUGUAUCGAUAGUCCCAAUGAAUGGUGUUGUAUCAAUAGUCCCAAUGAAUGGUGUUGUAUCGAUAGUCCCAAUGAACGGUGUUGUAUCAAUAGUCCCAAUGAACGGUGUUGUAUCAAUAGUCCCAAUCCACUGUGUUGUAUCAAUGGUCCCAAUCCACUGUGUUGUAUCAAUAGUCCCAAUGAACGGUGUUGUAUCAAUAGUCCCAAUGAAUGGUGUUGUAUCGAUAGUCCCAAUGAAUGGUGUUGUAUCGAUAGUCCCAAUGAACGGUGUUGUAUCAAUAGUCCCAAUGAAUGGUGUUGUAUCGAUAGUCCCAAUCCACUGUGUUGUAUCAAUAGUCCAAAUGAACGGUGUUGUAUCAAUAGUCUCAAUGAAUGGUGUUGUAUCGAUAGUCCCAACCAAUGGUGUUGUAUCAAUAGUCCCAAUCCACUUUGUUGUAUUAAUAGUCCCAAUGAACGGUGUUGUAUCGAUAGUCCCAACCAAUGGUCUUGUAUCAAUAGUCCCAAUCCACUGUGUUGUAUUAAUAGUCCCAAUGAACGGUGUUGUAUCGAUGGUCCCAAUGAACGGUGUUGUAUCAAUAGUCCCAAUGAAUGGUGUUGUAUCGAUAGUCCCAACCAAUGGUGUUGUAUCAAUAGUCCCAAUCCACUGUGUUGUAUUAAUAGUCCCAAUGAACGGUGUUGUAUCAAUAGUCCAAAUACAAGUUGUUGCAUCAAUAGCCCUGAUCAAUGGUGUUGUAUCAAUUGCCCCUCAUUGACUGUGCUGUCUUUACAAGGAAACAUUAGUGCGAUGUUGUUGAAGUUACUGAAGAAAAUGUUUUGAUUUGUGAUUACUUUAUCAGUUUACAAAAUAACACACGUUGAAAUUGAAUAGAACAUAUAGUAUGCUAUUUGGAUAGUUUCGGGCCUGUAAAAAUUUGCUACAAAUGUAAAAGCAUUGUAAAUUUAUGAAGAUAUUUUGUGAUGGGGUAACGUGUAAAAGUACAACCAUUCCUAAAUACAAC